UCUCUUUUCUCCUCUAUAUUUUUCUCUGCUUUUCUCUGUGUAAAUGUCAAAAUGUGUAAUUGAAAGGUAUACUGGUAUACUUCAUACUUGGAUGUCAGCGUAGAUUGGCGUAGAUUGUACAGUGCGCAUAAUAUUAUUAAACUUUAAAGCUGCAAGUGCGAUGAUAAUUUAUUUUCUAAACAAGAAUAUUAAGAUAAAUUAAAAAGUUUAUUAUAUAUUUUACAAUGGAUAAAGAGGAAGAUGAAUAUUCAGUAAUUGACUCAAAAGCUGAUGAGAAUUCGAGACUUUUUUUAAAUAAUUGCUUACUUGAUAAACAUUCUUCAAAGGUUCGUCGACGAAAUGUGAUAGAUAAAAAUAAUUCUUCAUUAACGGAAAAUAAUGACUUUAAUUGCAACAAAAAUAUUGAGCUCUCGUUAGAUGGAGAGAAAGCAUGGAUUCAUGAUAUUCCUAAAUUACCAGAAAUUUCAAAUACACCAGAAUUGUUUACCGAGAGAGAAAGAAUGAAGAUAAAAGUAAUACAAGGAACUAUAAUUGAAUCAAACCUUACUUAUGGUAAACUCAAAUUACUAAGUAUCAGUUCUGAAGGUUUAGUUAUUGAUGAUGUACGAAGAGUUCUAUGGCCAGAACUACUAAGAUUACCUGAUAAAGAAAUGCCAAUUGUAACUGAAUUGGGAACAAUACAUAAAUGCAUUCCUUGCGAAGUUUAUCAACAAGUCUUAAAAGAUGUCGCUCGAAGUGGAGGACAUCUUUUUUCUAAUACAACUGAAGAAGAAAUUCAAAUAUUCCAAGAGGAAAUGACGCAAUUAAUUUGUUGGGUAUUAUACAGAAAUCCACAUUUACACUAUUAUCAAGGCUAUAAUGAUGUAGCUGCCACAAUUCUUCUAACGAUGGGUCUUCAAAAAGGUUUACAUGUCUUGGAAAAGAUUUCUCUAACUUAUUUAGAAAGGUUUAUGGAAAAGACAAUGGAAAAAGUUAAUCAAGAACUCUUUUUUAUUUUUGCACUAUUGGAAAGAGAACACCCAAAACUUUUAGAACAUUUGGAAAAUGUAGAAUUGUUUCCCCAUUUUGCAUUAGCAGAAUAUACGACAUGGUAUGCUCAUAAAUAUGCAGAGAACAGAAAAUUACUUCAUAGGCUUUUCGAUUAUUUUCUUGGAAGCCCACCUUUCAUGCCUUUAUAUUUGAGUACAAUAAUAGUUAUCCAUAGAGCCGAUGAAAUUUUUAAUACUAUACCAGACAUGGGCCAUACGCAUAAAAUUUUAUGUUCUCUUCCAGACGAUUUACCGAUUGAAAAUUUGCUUGUAAAUGCCAAGAACCUUUAUCAUCGACAUCCUCCAGGUUCGAUUAAUAAUGAUGUAAAAGAUUAUGAUUUAAAAAGGCGGCGUAAAGAACAAGAAUGGAAGACGAAAGUAGAAGCAGCUCGAUUGGAAAGGGAGAAUAAAUUAAAAAUUGUCCAACCACGACGAAGAAUUCCGUAUCGUAUGCGAAGCUACAAAACUAUAACUGUUGUGACCAUUAUUGCUAUAGGUUUAUACGCAUUUUUAAAGUCAUCUACUGGAUUAAACUGACAUUAAGAGAAUUUCUCUUUCUCAGGGCCUGUUUCACAACCUUUAUUGAAAGUUAAUCAGUGAUUAAAUCUUUAACUGACUUUAAUCGCUAAUUGAGUUUAAAUCGCAGUUGAUGAAACAGACCCUUGGAAGGAUACAUAACUACACAGGAAAAAAAAGUCUGACUCCGUUUACACCUUAAAUUCAACCUCAGAAAUAGGCUGAAAGUAAGACCUUUUUUUAGUGUGUAUGUGAGCAUUCAAACCAAAUCACUACAUCUGUAGCUAAUAUUUGUAAAUAUAAAAUAAUUUAAACUUUA